AUUUAAGAGGAAGGGCAGAGGGGGAGCAGGCCAUCAGCAUCUGAUCCAGGUUCGAGAGCAGCAGAGAAGAUGAGUUUGACAGAGAAGGACAAGGCGGCGGUCAAGGCUCUCUGGGCCAAGAUCGCCAAGUCCGCCGACGCGGUGGGGGCUGACGCUCUGAGCAGGAUGCUUCUGGUGUACCCCCAAACCAAGACCUACUUCUCCCACUGGCCAGAAAUGAAAACCGGCGGGGAGUCCGUGAAGAAGCACGGCAAGAAGGUGAUGGGCGGGGUCGCUCUGGCCGUGUCCAAGAUCGACAACCUGACCGCCGGCCUGCUGGAGCUCAGCGAGCUGCACGCCUUCCAGCUGCGGGUGGAUCCGGCCAACUUCAAGCUCCUGGCGCACUGCAUCCAGGUGGUCAUCGCCAACAUGUUCCCCAACGAAUUCACCCCGGAGGCGCACGUGGCUUUGGAUAAGUUCCUGGGCAACGUGGCUUUAGGUCUCUCCGAGAAGUACCGCUAAAGUUUCUGCAGAUUGGUCCAGACCAUGAGAAUCCCAGCAAAUAAACCAAUCAAUCAAAG